AUGGAGCCGCGUUCCACGCCGGUCAAGCACAAGAAGCUUGACGACGACGUGCUGACAGCUGGCUGGGCUGACUACUUCGAGAGGGUCGGUUGUUCUGAGUUCGUCGCGGCGCCUUCGGAGGCGAUUGGCAAUGUUCUCCUUGGAUAUCACAGCGGGAUAUUGACCGAGCUGCUCUGUCUCCUAGUCGUGCCCAGCGCGUACCUCCCCGCGGUUUGCCGCAUCGUCCGCAGCACACUUUUCGGCGAGGUGGUCAAGGGGCAGCCGCAGGCGCGCCAGGUGGCCCCGAGCCGAGGAGGCGACGAGGCGCCCGAGGCACUGGGCCCCGCCGCAGAGGUGCCGCGGCCAGGGGAGCUCGGCGCUGCGGGGGCCGCGGCGGCAGGCGACCGCCCGGCCGGUGCCACGGGCGCCGUGGCCUCCGGCAACGCGCCCGAGGAGGCGGCGGCCAACGAGCCGUGGCGCCAGGUGCUGCCGAGCUCCGUGGACCCGCGGCUGGCCGCGAGGAUGGGCGCGCAGCCGGCCUACGGGGACCCCGUUGGACAGACUCGGGGCAUCGACGCCGCGGAGCUGCGCAGGACUCUGCGGCGGCUGCAGAGGCUGCGCUGGCUGCCGGCGAUCGACUUCCGCACCAGCCGCAGGACGUGCGACCAGGGCGUCUGGGCCCUCCAGAGGCGGCGCACGCCUCCAGAAGGGAACGGCCGCCCCCAGGCUGGUGCGGUCAGGCGACUUGCCGCCGCUGCUCGCGGCCGAGGAGCGCGCCCAGGCGGCGGAGGUCCUGGAGGCGUUCCACCAGGCCUACCCAGAAGCUGUGCUGGCGGAGUCUGUGGAGCAGGGCCUGCUGUUGGGGACCGCCGCGCACCACGCGGGCAUGCUCCCCGCGCAGCGGGCUCUGGUCGAGAG